GGGUGUGUCUCUCCGAGAAAUAGCCGUCAGUUUGUUGCUCCGCCAAAGUUUUUCCCCUUUCCUUCCUUUCCUUUUUGCGCAGAGUUGGCCGCAGCCCGACUCUUCUCCAAACUUCAGACCCUUCAGGUUAUGUCGGAGAGGAGGUGAGAGGGUUUCUACAGGACUCUCUGUGAACGGAUUUCCUGCGUUUGUCAUAAAACACCAGUGGAGCCAAUCGGGGACUUUGAGUUUCAUUCAUCAUGGGGGACGUGAUUUCCAGUCACCUGGAUGAAUCAAAGCGGGAGAUAAUCACAGCUCGCACCGGGGAGGUGAUGGGGGAGUUUGGCCGCCUGUAUGAGCAGCAGUAUGCAGUGGCUCUCUUUAACAAAGUUCGCUUUGACAUAGAAGGAGGAGGUGGCCCGCAACCCCAGCUGCUGCACCGCAAGAUUCCUCUGGAAAACAAGUCCAUCUUCUCGGGCUCACUCUUUCAGUACCUGGAGGAGAACAAGAAAUGGAGGAACCGCUUCUUCUUUGUCCCAGACUCCUACAACAUCAACUAUUACGACAACAAAGCGGCCCACGACAGACGCCUCCAUCCCAAAGGAACCAUCAACUGUGCCGGCUACAAAGUGCUGACAUCUAUUGAGCAAUACCUGGAUCUGAUCAGCAACAGCCUGCCUGGGGUGAAAGCCAAGAUGGGAAGUUCACCCUUCCUAAAGUGUGCCACCCAGUUCCCUCUGAUCCUCUGGCACCCUUAUGCCCGGCACUACUACUUCUGUGUGGUGACGGAGAAAGAGCAGCAGAAGUGGCAAGCUGUCCUCCAGGACUGCGUCAGACACACCAACGAUGGUUUGUCAGAGGAUAAUAAAGUCCAAACACCAGCCUUUACUGACGCAGUGCGACUCUACCGCCAAGCUCAAAGGAACUAUGGCACCUGGGAGAUGAUGUGUGGUGUACCAUCACAGAUCCUGUCUAACCUGGUGAUGGAGGGCCUCCUCCCCGAGCUGAGGGAGCUCAUCUCCCCCCGCCUCAAAGGCAAACUGUAUGAGAGGCAGAAGAACUGGAUGCUGAUCAGUGAUGCGGUAUACAGCCUGGUGCAGGGGCAGUGCCAGGCCCAGUAUGAGGCGUUGUUGCAGAAGUGUGAGGCGGCCCGCUCCUCUCUGGAGGCCUCCAUGCGAACAGACAUGGACCAGAUCAUCACCUCGAAGGAGCAUGUGACCAACAAGAUCAGAGCUGUGGUUCUCCCCAAGGCCGAGAAGCUGCUGAAGGUGAGCAUCCAGCCCUACAUCAGCUCUAUCCUGGACGCCCUGAUGGAGCCAACUAGCCGAGGCUUCUCUGAGGUCCGCGAUGUGUUCUUCAGAGAGCUGGUGGACAUGAGCAAGAACACCCUCAAUGAGGGCACCAAGGAGACCAUAGCACAGCACAUGGAAAAGAUCUCCAUGCUGGCCUUCCAUCCUGUAAAGAUGCAGAGCUGCUAUGAGAAGGUGGAGCAGCUGAGUCUGGAGGGUCUGCAGCAGAGGUUCGAUGUCUCCAGCCCCUCGGUGUUCGUCCAGAGAGCCCAGAUCCUCAUGAGAGAGCAAAUGGACGAUGCCGUGAAUACGUUUUGACAGAUUCUUCACCAGAGCCGGAGUCCCCAGGCUACAGAAGAGCUCUGUAAGACCAUCCAGUCUGCCAGGGACAGAGUCAUCCAGAAAUUUGACUAUGACAGCAGCACAGUGAGGAAGCGUUUCUUCCGUGAGGCUCUCCUCCAGAUCUUCAUCCCCUACAUGCUGAAGCAGCUCAGCCCUUCCUGUGCCUCGGAGCUGCCGCGCUUCCAAGAGCUCAUCUUUGAGGACUUUUCCCGUUUCAUCCUGGUGGAGAACAUCUUUGAGGAGGUGGUGCUGCACUCUGUCAUGAAGGACAUCAUGAUGGCUGUGAAGGAGGCGGCUGUUCAGAGGAGACACAACCUUUACAGGGACAGCAUUGUCCUCAGCAACAGCGACCCCAGCCUGCACCUACUGGGAGAAAACCCCUCCAUCGACUGGGCCGGGGAGUACGGCGGAGAGCAGCAGGAGGAGGUGGACGGUACAGGGGAGGAUGCUGAGGGUGACGCUGAGGGGCAAGGUGAGGAGUCCCAUAAGAGGAGGAGGAUGAAGCAGGUUGUGUCCAUGAUCCAGGUGGAAGGCUCCCCAGUCCUGCCUGGCGAGUCAUGCAUAGAGGUACCCGGGGUCAACGACAUCCCAGAGGAGGAGGAGGAGGAGGAGGAGGAGGAGCAGGAGCAGGAAGAGGAGGAGAAGGAUGGAGAUGGAGAUGGAGAGGAGAGCUCAGAUUGUAAAGCUUCUCCUCCUGAUCAGAAUGGAUCAGCAAGUCCGAAAUCUUCAGAGAACCCUCCAGACUUGUCAAAUGGUUCUGUCUUGAAGGAGGAGGAGGCCAAACCAGAGGAGCAGGCUGAAGGAGGAGUCCCACUGCAGGUUGAAACGGCCACAGAAAGUGCUUCGGCCUUAGAGGAGAAGGGUGAGGGAGAAGACAACCAGCCGAUGACGGUAGUGGAGGAGCAACCGCCCUCCAACCAGGAGGUGUCAGAGGAGGAGUUGCCACCGCCGCCUCUUUCCGAGGAAGUCCCAUCCGGGGCCACAGAGGUGGUUCCAGAGAGCACUCCGGAGGCGCCAUCUGACUUCCCCCCGCCUCCACAGGACGACAGCGGCUUCCAGUCUCCCACCAGUGAAGGGGCGGAGGGUGAGGAGGAGGAAGAGGCCCCCAGCUCACAGCCCGCAGAGGAGCACCCUGAGAAGAGCUCAGCCCAAGAAGCCGAGACCAAAACCAGUGACUCUGAGACCAGAGAGCAGUGAGGAAAUGAAUCCGGUUUGUUUGACCUAAACUGAAUCCUGCUCUUUUGUCUUUGUUUUUGUUAAAGACUCGUUUUAGCCACACCAGUUUUCAGUUUCCACACCGGUUUCAGGCAUAAUAGUGACUCAGCAGAUUAUUUCCACCGAGCAGGGCUCAGGUGCUGUUGUCUUUUUUUUUUUUUUUUAAAUCUUGUUUCUUUCUGUAUGAUUUUCACAGCACACACGCGCACACACAAGUUCCACACGUUUUCUCUUCACCUGGUAGAAAUGUGAGCACAGUGGACGACCUCGAGUUCCUAAUGGUGUGUUAUAAGCAUGUGACGAGUUGCAACAACACCCCUGUUGAGGUGCCUUUGGUGAUUUAGCUCCCCAAGUCUGUGGCCUUCAGUAACCAUCAGCAAUUGGAUUUUAUUUAUGGAAUUUGUUGGUGUAAAUACAGUUUGCGCUGUUGGAAACUCACUUAUUGGUUAUUACUGGACCCGAUUGGCCAACAGAAAAUACUUUCCAGAAUGUGGAAAUGUCUGUUUUUAAUCUCAAACUUGCAUUAUAAUUAAUUAAUUGUCCAUGUACACGCUGAUGACUCAAGACAUGACAAUUUCUUUUUCUGUUGGUGGGAAUAACACUAUUUUAUAUGAGUUUAUCCCUUAAUAAAGAAAGCUUGUGUAUAUUAUGUAUAAAUACUUAUGGACCAGUGAA